GUAUGCGGUCGGAAAUGGCGGCCGUCGAACACACGCAUCCUUUCGUGCCCUUGUUGCAAAGGUGGUGCAAUUUGAAAGAUUUGGCUUUCGAUUACGUCCUGACCCUGAGUCGUCCAGAAGGUGCACAGCUCGACAAAAUGAAGCUUGCAGAUCGCCUCGGCGGAAUGGUGCGCAUGCAGAAGUAUUUUGGUCAGGACAAGGCGGGAGGGAAGGAAUUUGGAGACAUCAACAAUCAUCACCUUGGAACCUACGACACAGAGAACAUUGCCGCCUUGUUGCGUCAUCUUCUGGCGACCAAGCCUGACCUCGUCUUCCGGCCAGCAGUUGUUUGCGACGCAAUGCAACCGUCGGGUAACACCUUCUUGCUGAUGAAUCGGAUAAUUAACCUGAGAAGCAGGGAAAUCGAAAACAAAUAAAUAAAUGCUGUCUUCGACAAACAGUUUGAAGGCUGCACGUCGCUGCUGGUCCUGGUGAGCAACGUCCUGGACGGCGCGGCGCUCGAGCGGUUGUCAAAGUUGAGUGAGGCGAAGCCGGACGCUUUGGAUGAUAUAUUAGUCGGGGAAUCGUAGUUUUUCCGGUGGCAGCAGUAUGGCGACAGAGUUGAUGAAGAAAUAGACCUUAUGCCAUGGAAGAUGGGUAAACAGAUCACGCAAUUGGUAAAAAAGAAAAUGGAGCACAGAGGGCGAGGACACUCCAUCAAGAACGAGAAGUGAAGAGUAUUGAGUAUUUCGUUCUCAAAAUGAAGAAUUACAACUAGUACAUCCACAUCAGACAAUUUUUUUUCGGACGCUAAUUUUUUUUUGGCUCAUAGAUUCUCCCUCGGGCACUUGUAAGUGUUAUUCUCGAGGAAACAGGCACAGCCAACGAUCGAACUGAGGUUGGCACUGAUACGUGGCUUCGCGGCGCUUGAGGUUCGCACAAUGAUUUUCAUCGACAGAUAUGUUCAUGGUCUUUCCGUUUUGCAGACAAGUAUCGGAGUACACUCCAGAGCACAUCAGUUAACACAAACAAGAGUGGAAUCGCGACGUUCGUC